UCUGGCAUCGUUCAUCAGUUCAUUCUCAUUUUAACUCGCGAGCCGGUCGGUCGCGUUCCGCUCGCUAAAUAUAAAGCACGUGGCCCAGUCCUUCGGUUGUUUCGCUAUAACCUAUAACCCGUUGGUCGGCAGCCGGCGCAAGCUGAUAGACAGGCAUUGAAGAGCACCCUUUAUCUCUGUUAGCUGUCGGCGAUAAUACAUCAAAAUGGUUAAUGAAGCGAAUGGAAAUGCGCCUGCGCCGCAGGAACUGGAGACGUUCCUGUCUCAGGAUGAGAAGAAGAAGGAAAAAGUCGUCAGCAAAUACAACAUGACGAAAGACCUGGAAUCAGCCGAUUUCGAUCCGUUCACUGAAAGAAAAUUGGAGAACCCUACUUCAAAUAUGGACACAUUGACCCAUCUGCUGAAGGCGUCUCUCGGCACCGGUAUCCUGGCCAUGCCGAAAGCCUUCAAGUGCGCUGGCCUGGUUUCUGGAAUAUUCUUCACAAUGCUGGUCGCUCUCAUCUGCACUCACUGCUCUUAUGUUCUUAUCAAAUGCGCGCACGUGCUUUACAAGAAGACUAAAAGAACCCAGAUGACCUUCCCUGAAGUGGGCCAAACUGCGUUUGAAAAUGGACCUGAAAAGUUCAGACCAUGGGGCAACGCUUUUAGAAUCUUUAUACUUGUCAGUCUUUUCCUGACUUACUUCGGAACCUGCUCAGUAUAUACAGUCAUCAUUGCCAAGAAUAUUGUACAGGUCGUAGCGCACCACAUGGGCGUAGAAGAAGAUAAAGUAGACAUAAGGCUCUUUAUCCUCGCACUUUUACUGCCACUCAUCUUUAUGGCGUGGAUCCGUAAUCUCAAGUACCUCGCGCCAGUAUCCAUGGUCGCCAACGUCUUCAUGGGAAUUGGUCUCGGAAUCACCUUCUACUACUUAGUAGGAACUGGAAGCCUUCAGACUGAUAAAAUUAACUCAAUGCUGAUCAAAGCACCUGUGGAAUGGCCCGAGUUCUUCUCUCUAAGUAUUUUCGCUAUGGAGGCUAUCGGUGUUGUGAUGCCACUCGAAAAUGCCAUGAAGACUCCUAAGGCUAUGCUCGGUUUAUGCGGGGUCCUGAACAAGGGAAUGAGUGGCGUGACGCUAGUUUACAUCCUCCUUGGAUUCCUCGGCUACCUCCGAUAUGGCGAGGACGUUAAAGACUCCAUCACUCUUAACUUGGAAAACUCUGAAUAUCCUGCCCAAAUUGUCAAGAUCUCCAUCGCCAUCGCCGUAUAUUGCACCUACGGACUGCAGUUCUUCGUGUGCGUCGAAAUUAUGUGGAACAGUAUCAAGGACAAGUUCACCAAGCGCCCUGAUCUCGCCGACUACAUCAUGAGAACCAUCUUGGUGACCGCUUGCGUACUUCUAGCCGUCGCCGUGCCCACCAUUGGACCAUUCAUGGGCGUCAUUGGAGCUUUCUGCUUCUCAAUCCUCGGACUGAUCGCGCCCGCCUUAAUCGAAGUCAUUACUUAUUGGGACAUCGGAUUCGGCCCCACCAAAUACCUCAUCUGGAAGAACAUCAUUGUAGUGAUCUUUGGUCUUUUCGCACUAGUAUUCGGCACUAAAGAUGCCAUUAAAGAAAUUAUACGUGUGUACAGUCAAUAGGCAACACUUCUGUGCACAGCCUUUAUUCAAAGAUUCUGUGUUAAUGUGUGAUAGAUAUUAGCAUACAGCUUAGUUAAUAGCAUAGAAUAAAUUUACCAGUUUUGCGCGUGAUACUUUGAGUCGUAUAAAAUAGUCGAGUGUCGAGGAUGUAUUUUGUUUCGCUACCCUGGUACUUGUAAAUCUAUUUCGACCAAAUGUCUCUUGUGAAACGGACCUGAAAAUUCUGUUGUAUUGGUACACUAUGAGUCACGCUGCUAAACUAUAAUGGUGCUAGUUAUUGCAUGUUGUCAAUAUUUGCUCCACAUCAUAAAUUCGAAAUUGUUGCAAAGGAUAUUGUCGCUUUUAAACUGCGUAUUUCAUAAAAUAUAAUUAUGAAAUACUAUUUUUAAAGGGCAUGUUCAAAUUAUAUAUAAUUGCUAUUACAUUCCCAAAUCAGAACUGAAUACUGUUGAAUGGUGUAGGUACUUAUAAAUACUUAGGUAUUUGAGUCAACAUGUAUUUUCGAAUGUGUGAUGUAGGCACGGUAAUGUUGUUAAAGCAAUGAUUUGUUGGUCCCAAACAAAAUGAGCUACCAUGUACACGAUUAUUUAGUGUUUUGUAAAAUAUACAAAGACCAAAUAGCGAACGAACAUUUGUCGUAAUUCAUAGAGUGUCGACAGUACUUAAUAUCAUUUCAUGAAACUGUGUUUAUGAACAAAUGCCUUCAUUAGACUAACUUCUAUCCAUUGAAAUGAACAUUUAAUCUUAUUGGUGACUGGGAUCUUGCAUUUAGUGUUUAUAAGCUUAAUGUUUUAUACAUAACUUUAACAUUAUUUAUAGAAAAUAUGUGUAUAGGUAUUUCGUAAGUGCAAUUUACGAUUUCGAUUUUAAUAAAGUGCACUUAAUUAUAAGUUAUGAAGAUUUAUACCGAAGAACUGAAAUAACAAUAAGUACAUACACGCAGUCGCUUGUGAUAUCUAGACGAGAAAUAUCAGGAACGAGGCCUUGGCUUUAUACUUCAAAAUAGUGAUUGAUAUAAGGUCCAUAUCGACUUCUUUACAAUCAACAUACUUAUUCUCUCUGUUUUCAGUGUCAAAUGUAUUUAUAAUUAUAAAAGAAUGGUAAAAAAAUCCUAAAAUUUUGAGAAAGAGUUAUCUUGAGUAUAAUAAUAAUAAAACUUAAUUUGAUAAUGUAUUUUUAAAGUUAUAUUUAAAAUAUGAUACUUAAAUCAAGUUGCUUUUGCUAAGAAUUUUAUGAGGGUAAUAUAUGAAAUUUUAUAAAAUCAUCUGCUAUGUAUACAAUUUAUACAAAAUUUAUAGGCGAUUAUUUCGCAACAAACCCAAUAAAGUUCCUAUUUGUUUUUUAAUUAUGUAGAAAAUUAAUUUUAGGUACUUAAACUAAAUUUUGUUUUGUUCAUAACUACAGCGCACCAAACAUUGAUAACGAUUUAUUUAAAAUAUUAUCAGUUAUAUGAUAUUAUUUUGUAAUUUAAUUAUAAUUUUGAAUUACGCGAAUAAACCAUUUAUAAGCUC